GGAACUGAGGCUGCAAUGGCUGCGGUCUUCGAUCUAGACUUGGAUGGGGCAGAGGAAAGUGAAUCGGAUGACGAGCAGGACAUCCUACAAUCCACCCAGCAAUCUCAUUCUCCCUGUACGGAAUAUGACAUCUCUGACAGCAGCAUCUGUCUUGGGCACGAGACCUUGUCUCCCGAGUGCUUCCAGAUACUGCGUGUGCUUGGGAAAGGCAGCUAUGGAAAGGUUUUCCAGGUUAGGAAGGUCAUUGGUUCUAAUUCUGGCAGAAUCUUUGCAAUGAAAGUGUUACAGAAGGCCAGACUAAUUUGUCAAGUUAAGGAUACAGAGCAUGCAAUAGCAGAACGUGACAUCUUAAAGUCUGUUAGACACCCCUUCAUUGUAGAUCUCAUGUAUGCCUUCCAAACUCAGGGUAAACUUUACCUUAUCCUGGAAUGUCUGGCUGGUGGAGAAUUGUUUUCACAGUUGGAACGAGAAAGUAUCUUCAUGGAGGACACGGCUAGUUUCUACCUGGCAGAGAUUACACUUGCCCUUGGACACCUGCAUUCCCUGGGAAUCAUAUAUAGAGAUCUGAAGCCAGAGAAUAUCAUGCUACAUGCACACGGACACAUUAAACUAACAGAUUUUGGAUUGUGCAAGGAAUCCAUUCAUGGGGACAGCGUCACUCACACAUUCUGUGGGACUGUGGAAUAUAUGGCACCUGAGAUUCUUGCACACAAAGGGCACAACCGUGCUGUGGACUGGUGGAGUUUAGGGAUUCUCCUUUUUGACAUGCUUACUGGUUCUCCCCCUUUUACUGCAAACAAUAGGAAGAAAAUAAUUGAUAAGAUACUGAAGGCAAAGCUGUCUUUCCCACCGUAUCUCACACCAGAUGCCCGCGAUCUCCUCAAAAAGCUGUUGAAGAAAAACCCAUCUCAUAGACUGGGAUCAGGACCAGCCGACGUGGCUGAUAUAAAGAAGCAUCCUUUCUUCAGACUCACCCACUGGGAUGAUCUCCUGGAAUGUAAAAUUGAGCCUCCAUACCGACCCGACCUGGUCUCGGAAGAUGACACUAGUCACUUUGGAACUCACUUUACACAACAGGCUCCUAUAGACAGUCCUGAUGCUUUCAUCAGUGAAAGUGCCAACCAGGCAUUUCUUGGUUUCACAUAUGUUGCUCCUUCAGCGCUGGAGAACCUUCAAGAAGUGUUUAGUUUCCAGUCAUGGUUACAAAUUUCCGACAGCCAACAGAGUCGUGGGUGUGCUUCAUCUCUUCCUCCGUGUGAAUUGACUACGAACGAGUGCUCUGGACCUCUUCCUAUCUCGUCUCAGGAUCAAACAAAAAAACGGAGGCAGGGAGUAGGUGUGAGCAGCCACAAAGGGUUCCACCUGAAUUGAAAAACUGCAAAGGCUCCCACCUAAUUUGAAUGACUGCCGGAGACAGCCGCAUGAUUCCUUUUAACAUUCACGAUAACUUGUGUGUUACUGGAGGAAGCCUGGAGCUCUCUUGAGACCACUCUGGGACUCAAACUGCCAAAGUUCUAGUAUACUAAUAAAGCCAUUUCACAGAAAGCA